AUGCCUUCAGAUACUUCUACAAACACAACACCUGAACCUUUACAACCAAAUGAUAUACAACUCACCAAGAAUGAUAUAUCGGAAGCUGCUUUGGUCGCUCUCGAAACAAAACACGAUAAAAUAAGAUCCAUUUUAUCAAGACGACAUUAUUAUCUUCGUGAACUAUUUGUAUUACUUGGAAUGAAAGAGGAGGAUGAGGAAGAUACUCUCGGUAGUGAUGGUGCAUGGAAAGCUUUUUGGGAAAAAGUUGAUCUUCAAGAAUUGGAUGAAAAUAAACUAAAACUAUUUCUUGAACGACAUAAACUAGGUGGCAACUAUUUAUAUGCUGACGAUACAACUAUGGAAGAUUCAUCAUCUGCUGGUCAAUCCCCAGAAUCUAAAUCGAUGGAUAAGAAAUUGGCUCGACGUGUACUUCCUCCUCCUGCACGUAUGGUUACUCGUGGUGUUAGUGGUGCUGUUCGUCCAAAGAGCGUAGAUGAAAUACUCUCAAGUCUUGAUCAAAAGGAUGUGGGAGCAUUAUCAUCCAAGGAACCCAAAUCGAAUCAUCAUUCACCAACUCCACCACUACUGAAACAACGAACACAACAGAUCCAUAUUACACAAAAGAAACCUGAUUGGAAAAUUGGCCAACCUCAAAUGUACAAUGGUGUGAAAGUAGGUGAUAUAGGAGGAGAUCGAAUACAAACUCUUGAUUUAUUUGCUUGGCAAGUCAAGGCGAAAGCACAACCUCUCCACAAAGCUCUACAAACGGCGAAGAAAACGAUCACUACUCAAGAUUGGAAGCUUGCUAGGGAAGAAAUGAAAGCCAUCAAGAUUAUUCAACGAAUUGAAGACCUCAAAGCCAAAAAUAUGUGGGGUUUUCGACAAUUGAAACGUCAUCGUGCAUCACCUCGUUCAAAAACGCAUUGGGAUUCUUUAUUAGAUGAAAUGAAAUGGAUGCAAACUGACUACAAAGAAGAACGAAAAUGGAAAAAAGCUAUGGCGUUUAUGAUUUCUCGUGCUGUUAUGGAAUGGCAUUGGGUAGAGGAUAAAUCUACUGUUUGCGUAAAGUCCAAGAUACCCAGUCCUCUUGCUUCUCCUUUGCAUGGUCCCCAAGUUACAAAUAUGGAUGUUGAUGGCAAUCUAUUAGAUACAACAGAAAAAGAAGAUGAUGAUCUCAAGGCAAUGGAUAUGGAACCUGUAACGCCACUUGACCCGACAUUCGACUCUACUACUAUUUUCAAGACUCCACCGACAUCUGAGCAUCUUUCACCUAGCACUGUAGACGAUGCAAGCUCUAAAACUCCAUCAUCUCCCAGUUUGUCUGCUGCUACCAUACAGCAAUAUCGCUCUCUGAUUCGUGAUCUCAAUCCUGACAUACCUUUGAUCACUCUACCUGUACAAGAAUUUGGUGAUUUAGACGCUCAUGCCUUAUUUCCUGACUUGUUAUUAUAUGAACCACCUAAUCCAAAUUAUGAUGAUCCUUACUUUGAUGAAAUUGAAUUCAGUCGAAUUGUUCCUUUCUCUGCUCUGAUGUCUCGCAAGAUUGAACUGGUUUCAAGAUCACAUGUUACUCAAAGCAAACGUACCAUUGAUGGUGAACCUAUUGUAUCUCCUUAUGAUCCUAAGGUUAAGAAAAUAAAAACGUUACCGCAACAUAAUCGUUUCGAUACAACUCCUUUAAUCUCACCGCUUUUUGCACCGAAAAAGAUCAAGGAUACACCUGCUCUUCAACCAUCUACACCACCUGUUAGUCAUACACAUGCUCCAAAUACUUGGUCAGAAGAUGAUGAUGUCUGCUUGAUCAAGUUGAUCCUUCAAUAUUCCUUCAAUUGGGAUCUUAUUUGUGAUACUUUGAAUGCUGACCGAUUACCGAUUUCUGGAUUACGACGUACACCUUGGGAAUGUCAUGAACGUUGGAGACUCAGCAAUUUAACUUCAUUGUCUGGACAAAUCAAUUCGAUCUAUGUACCGAAAAUGAAAAAGGAAUUCACCAGAAGACCAGCUUUGGUACGACUUGAUUCCACCAGUAAACGACAUCGACAAUAUAACAUUUUUGAAGCUAUCAAGAGGACACAAAAGAAACGAGAAGAAGCACAGAAACCAACCAAUACCACUGUACCACCUAGAAGCACGGUUGAAACUCACGGAUUUAGCUCUAGUGGUCAACGUUUACCAACUGCGAUGGAUCUGACAAUGUUGAAAUUCCAAAGGGAUAGGCAGAUGGCUCAAGCAUUGAUGGAGCAACGUCAACUUUCAGCAAGUUAUGGUCUUCCUGUACAUUCUGCAAAUGCUAUUCCUCCAGCAGCAGCAGCACAGGCUCAAGCUCAGGCAGCAGCAGCACAAGCUCAAGCUCAAGCUCAACAAGCUCAAUCUCAAGUAUCUUCGCCAGCAGUACAUGCUAUACAAAAUCGACAACCAAUGGUAUCAUCACCUGUGUCUGGAGUGCCUCAACAAUCCAUUCCAGCGAUGCAGAACAACAUCAAUGCGGCAAUGAAUCGGUAUCCUCCUGCUCAGCUACAAUUACUUCGUCAACAACAAAUGGUAUUGAUGGCAGCAGCACAAGCACAAGCGCAACAGCAAUUACAAUCUCAACAAGCAGCCGCGGCAGCAGCAGGACAACAAGGACAAUCAUUACCCAGUGGAUCAACACCUAUACAACGGACGGCCACACCUCCCAUUGGAGUUCAACCUCAAGUACAUACACCAGCUCCAAGUGCAGAAACUGUGGCUCAACAGGUAUCUCAAAUGACUUCCCCUGUAGUGAAUCAACAAACAGCUAGUCCAAGGGUACCAGCACCAAAUGAACAACAACAAGUACAACAACCGAUGACGGCUCAACAAUUACAGAAUACAUCCUUAGCUUUGAUGGCUGCUCAACUGAUGGGAUUACCUUUGGCGCAAAUGAAUCCUCAACAACAACUUCAAUUACAGCGGUAUAUUGCUCAGCUUCAACUAAGAAGUUCGAUGGCGCAACAAAUGCAAAAUGUGAAUGCUGGAUCCCCAUUAGCAGGUAGUCCCACUAUGCCAACAACAAGUACAUCUACACCAUCUCCACAACAACAACAACAGCAACAAAUACCAGCAAAUCAGGCUGCAGCUCUUCAACAACAACAAUUACAAAGACUCCAACAGAUGGCACAAAUUCAACAAGUAUUACAACAACAGCAAGCUUUACAACAGAUGCAACAGAUGCAACAAUUACAACAACAACAAUUACAGCAACAACGACAACAAUCAUCCCCUGUUCCUCCUCAACAUUCACUUCCUCAAUCAUCAUCACCACAACAACUUCCUCAAGCUUCAGUGUUACCUCAGCAACAAAUGACACAAGCAUCGUCAUCACCUAUCCCACCUCAACAACAAUCAUCGCCAGUCCCACAGCAACAACAACAUCAGCCGCAACAACCGUCAUUACCAAAUCAAACCCCUAGUCAAUGA